UCUUCUACAGUUCUACUCCACACCUCCUCUCUCUCUCUCUCGCUCGCUCGCUCUCCUCUCCUCCCUCGCGCGCGCGGCCGGCGAGCGGAGCGGGUCGGCAGGUGCGCGGACGGCGUCGUCUCCUCCCCCGACUCCGCCGCAGCCUCCCACCCUCCCUGUGCCGCCUCCUCGCGCGCGCUGCCGCCGCCGGCGAGCAGGUUUGGAGUUGGGGGGCGACGUGGCAGGCCUGCUUGCUCCUCUAACCGAAUUGAAGGAAAUGGCAGGGCAAAGAUCUGAUUCGCAGUCAGAUGAAUCGUUCGAAUACAUGUUGCUUGAGAGGGACCCUGAUCUUUACCGUACAGUCUUCUCGGGCCCGAGCCAGAUAAGUCCGUGGAUUGACCCGAGCGUGCUGACUUUGCAGCACCGGAUAGGGAGAGGUCCAUUUGGGGAUGUUUGGAUUGCAACCCACCAUCAGAGGACAGAGGAUCAUGAUCGGUACCAUGAGGUCGCUGUGAAGAUGUUGCAUCCAAUUAGAGAGGACCAACUGCAAGCCUUCUCAGUGAGGUUUGACGAGAUCUUUAGCAAAUGCCAAGGUCUAAGCAAUGUGUGCUUCCUACAUGGCAUCUCAACACAGAAUGGAAGGAUUUGUAUAGCAAUGAAGUUUUACGAAGGAUCCAUUGGAGAUAAGAUGGCCCGGCUUAAAGGUGGAAGGAUCCCUUUAUCAGAUGUUUUAAGAUAUGGUGCUGAUUUGGCCCGUGGCAUUAUAGACCUGCACUCAAGAGGAAUAUUGAUUCUAAAUCUUAAGCCCUGUAAUUUUCUCCUUGAUGAACAUGACCAUGCUGUGCUGGGUGAUUUUGGAAUUCCGUCCUUGCUGUUUGGGCUCUCACUGCCUAAUCCAGAUCUUAUCCAACGACUUGGAACUCCAAAUUACAUGGCCCCAGAACAAUGGCAACCAAGCAUUAGAGGGCCAAUUAGCUAUGAGACAGACUCAUGGGGUUUUGCCUGGAGCAUCCUUGAGAUGUUGAGUGGCAUUCAACCAUGGCGUGGCAAAUCACCAGAUGAGGUUUAUCAGUUGGUUGUCCUGAAGAAAGAAAAACCAAUUUUUCCAUACAAUUUGCCUCCAGCAAUAGAGAAUGUCCUUUCUGGAUGCUUUGAAUAUGACUUUAGAGACCGCCCCCAGAUGACUGAUAUUUUAGAUGCAUUUGAGAGUGCAAAAGAUGUAGAUUACGAAAAUACUGACCAGGGAAAUUCUGAAAAUCUAAGGAUGGUCAGUCCAGCCCUGCCAAGCCGCACUAACUGGUCAUUCUUCAAGGACAAGUUGCAAGUGGGAGACAAGGUUCGCUCGAGAAAGCUUAAAAACACUUGUAGUCCAACAACCAUGGAAGUCCCUGAUGGAACCAUAGUUGGAAUGGAGGAUAAUGGAGAGCGUGAUGGCUACAUUCUUGUAAGGAUCCAUGGUUUACAUGAUCCUUUGAAGGUUCGCUCUUCAACAGUGGAAAGGGUAACCUAUGGUUUCGCUGCUGGAGACUGGGUACGGCUUAGGGAGGAUGAGAAGAAGCGAUCUCAGGUUGGAAUUCUUCAUAGCAUUGACCGUAGUGGUACUGUUUAUGUAGGUCUGAUUGGAGUGGACACCCUCUGGAAGGGUGAAUACUCUGACCUUCAAAUGGCUGAAGCCUACUGUGUUGGGCAGUUUGUGCGGCUGAAAGCCAAUAUUUCAAGCCCACAGUUUGAAUGGCAGCGAAAGAGAGGUGGAGGACUGGCUACAGGCCGUAUUUCGCAGAUACUACCAAAUGGAUGCCUUUUCAUAAAAUUUCCAGGCAAAUUUAACCUUGGUGAAGUAUGCAGUUGCUUGGCAGAUCCCUCUGAGGUUGAGGUGGUGAGCUUUGACAAGUGUGAGGGGAUCGUGAAGAAGUACGAGCACCUCGAGGAUUUCCAUUGGGCGGUCAGGCCGCUGUUCAUUGCUGUAGGUUUCUUCACCGCUCUGAAGCUAGGCAUCUUUGUUGGGAAGGGCAUUGCUCGGCCAAGAAGUCGAAAGGUUGCCAGCGUCUCUGAUCAGAGUGAUCAUCAGCAACUACAGCAGCAAGAAGUGCAAAACAAUGCCAAUGCAGCAUGGCUCCCUCCAACUGUGGCAAACAUGCUGUUUAGAGACGGUCCUACGCUUUCUGGAUAAAAUGAAAAUCAAAACCAGUGCAAGAUGGAGAGUUUCAGAACUACUGGAUAAUGCAACGCCCAAGCAAAUCGUAGUUCAUACUUAGACCUGAAACUUGUCUUGCCACAAGACCUGUAAAUAUUUCCACCUUCACUCUACUAUCAUCUCCAUGUUCACAAAAACAUGUUCUGUGCUUAUGUCUGUAAAUUGUAGGCUUGCAGUCCAAAUCCUGAUACUGUCUUUUGCUUUUGUCAUUACACUGCAAUCUCUCAGUAUCCCUGGAUUUUCUGUUCCCGAUC